GAAGAAGAAGAAGAAGAAGAAGAAGAAGAAGAAGAAGAAGAAGAAGAAGAAGAAGAAGAAGAAGAAGAAGAAGAAGAAGAAGGUGGCGUGAGGCUCUACUGUGAGUGACAGAUUAGAAGUCCUGACGCUGACCCAUUUAAUAAGAUUGUCGGCGACUUGCUGCAGUCGAUGCUGCAGUUUUGAGCCGCUCCUGCACCGGGACAGCUGACUCGAUGAGAAAGAGAUGCUCGCAUUCGUUUUGGUCUCUGGGUCGCUCUGGAUUAUAUUAGAGCUGAGUUCCACCCUGAUGGAGAAGAUGCAGGCCCAGGAGAUAAUGAGCGGCCUGAGGAUACCGGAGAUAGCCGAGCUGGGACAGUUCUUCAGCACUCUGCCGACCUCCACGCUGGUGGGCAUCGGCGCUCUGACCGCCGUGCUGGCCUACUGGUUGGCUACCAGACCCCGCCCCAUCAAGGCCCCCUGCAACCUGCAGCACCAGUCUGAGGAGGUGCCGCAUGAAAAUGGAGGUCGCAGGUCCAUGUUGGGCGACAGCUCCAAGCUGCUUACUCAUUACCAUGACGACGCCAGGACGAUGUACGAAGUCUUCCAGAGAGGCCUCCACAUAUCUGGUGAUGGACCUUGUUUGGGCUCGCGGCUCCCUAACCAGCCUUACAAAUGGAUAUCCUACAAAGAGGUGACAGCCCGCGCUGAGUAUCUGGGUUCAGGCCUCCUGCACCAGGGCUGCCAGCCUGACCCAAACCAGUUCAUAGGAGUGUUUGCCCAGAACAGACCAGAGUGGAUCAUCUCAGAGCUAGCAUGCUACACCUACUCCAUGGUGGUGGUUCCCCUUUAUGACACACUGGGCCCAGACGCCAUACGGUUCAUCAUUAACACGGCUGACAUCUCAACGGUCAUCUGUGACAAAGUAGAUAAAGCUCAGGUGCUUCUGGAAAACGUGGAGCGUAAGGAGACUCCGGGCCUGCGAAGAAUCAUCCUGAUGGAUGAAUUUGACUCCGCCCUCAUUGAACACGGAAAGAGCUGCGGCGUCCACGUGCAGGCCAUGCAGGAAGUCGAGGCUUUGGGCAGAGAGCAUCACAGAAAACCUAUACCACCAGCGCCAGAUGACCUGUCCAUCGUGUGUUUCACCAGUGGAACCACAGGAAACCCAAAGGGAGUCAUGCUUACCCAUGGGAACGUGGUGGCAGAUUUCUCAGGCUUCCUCAGAGUAACAGAUAAAGUCAUUAGUCCCAACCAAGAUGAUUGCCUCAUUUCCUUCCUGCCACUGGCUCACAUGUUCGAGAGGCUCAUUGAGUCUGUGGUGUACUGCCAUGGAGGACGGAUCGGCUUCUAUCAAGGCGACAUCCGUCUCCUCCCAGAUGACAUGAAGGCCCUGCGGCCGACCAUUUUCCCUGUGGUGCCUCGACUGCUAAACCGCAUGUACGACAAGAUCUUCAGCCAGGCUAACAGCCCAUUGAAGCGCUGGCUGCUCAACUUUGCUGCCAAAAGAAAAGGUGCUGAAGUCAGCAGCGGGAUCAUUCGCAGUGACAGCUUCUGGGACAAAAUCUUCUUCAGUAAAAUUCAGGCCAGCCUCGGAGGAAGACUGAGGAUGAUUAUAACAGGAGCCGCUCCUACCUCGCCAUGUGUCCUGGGAUUCCUCAGAGCUGCACUGGGAUGCCAGGUGUACGAGGCGUACGGCCAGACAGAGUGCACAGCUGGUUGCACCUUCACCACACCUGGAGACUGGACCCAAGGUCACGUCGGAGCCCCGCUGCCAUGUAACCUCAUCAGACUGGUGGAUGUUCCUGAGAAAAACUACUUCGCCUCUAAGGGAGAGGGAGAGGUUUGUGUGAAGGGACCAAACGUGUUUAAGGGCUACCUCAAAGACCCAGAGAGGACGGCCGAGACGCUGGACACAGACGGCUGGCUUCACACCGGAGACAUUGGCAAAUGGUUGCCUAAUGGCACACUGAAGAUCAUCGACAGGAAGAAACACAUUUUCAAAUUGGCACAGGGCGAGUACAUCUCCCCUGAGAAGAUCGAGAACAUCUACAUUAGGAGCGAACCUGUGGCACAGCUCUAUAUUCAUGGAGAUAGCCUGCAGUCCUGUUUGGUGGGGAUUGUGGUUCCUGACCCAGAAGUCAUGCCUGAAUGGGCCAAGAAAAAAGGCAUACUGGGCACAUAUAAGGACCUCUGUAAAAACACGGAAUUGAAGAAGGCGAUCCUUGAGGACUUGGUGCGUCUGGGCAAGGCCAGUGGCCUCCAUUCAUUUGAGCAGGUGAAGAACAUCUACAUCAACAAUGAGAUGUUUUCCAUUAUGAACGGCCUCCUGACUCCCACACUAAAGGCCAAGAGACCAGAGCUGAAGGAGUAUUUCAAGGAGAAGAUCGACCGACUCUAUGAAAGCAUCUCCAUGUGAAGGCCGGCAGACCUCAUUUUCCUUCAAGCAUCUUUACACUUAGUACUGCUUUCACCAUUGACUUCAGUGGGAUAAAGAUGUGACCACUUAUGCUUAAAAGCUAUGGGAAAAGCAAGCCAAACCGGCCCCUGCUAUGGAAGAUUUAAUGCCUAAAAACUCAAACAAAUCCAAGACACAAAGAGAAAUACAAUAUACUAUAUGUAUUUCUGUUUUAAUUAGGCAUUUGCUGUGACAUAACUACAUGUACACAUGUAAAAUGAAAGAAUAGCUGUUAAUCUGUUAACUGAGUUCUUUAUUCCUUGUGAUAAAAUGCAAACCACAAAACAGAAAGGGUUGUGUAAUUCAUUAAAUACAAAGCACUUUGUUUGGUUUUCAUGAGAAUGUCCAACAGAGCUUUUUCUGUUUUGACAGGGAAACAUGACACACAUAUGCAUACAGAAAAAGGAAAUGUAAAUACAAAUGUGAUUUGUUAAUCACUUUUUUUUAUUUUAAUGGUUUUGAUUUAGGCAUUUUAAAUCUUCCAUACUUUGUUUCUUGCUAUCCACCCAAACAAACCAUCAAAGGCUCUGUCCCCAGCAGCAGAAAACUCACCCUCACUUUUAUGUUGAGCAAUCCAUUUCCACUUGUCACCCUGUCCAAUCUAUUUUUUUCCUCCAUCAGUUUAAACCCACCAGCCACAACCUGAAUCCAGUUAUACGACAGCAAGCGUGAUGUCUUUGUGUAUAGUGUAGCUCAAGGAGAUGUAUUGCUGACACAUGUGGGACAGUAAUGGACUUCCUCCUCAGUGGGACACAGUAGAUUUUCCUUGAAUCGAACAAGCUGCUGACAGCAGUGCCGCUAAGCAGGGCCUGAUACAUUUCCCUUGAUCUGGCACACUAAAAGAGAUUCAACUUUUACCCAACACAUUGCGCAAUUUGACCAAAACUACACCUUAAUGUUUAAGGGCAGAAUUAAGAAAGCAAGGUAUAGACAGUAGCAGCUCCUGCCUUACUAAUCAUUGCUGUCUACACCAUUCCAUUGUAGAGCAUCUCGAUGUUUGAGCCACAUUCAAAUACAUCGCUGUUCAUGUCAUGUUCUCACUCACUCAUUAAGUCACCUCAACAUGGCUGUGAUCUGCAGUUUAGCAUGCAUGCUCCUUGUUUAUGUGAAGGACUGGCACACUGUAACACACAUUACGGUUCACACUCUACAGUCUGUUCAUUCACUCCUUUUUUAACAUCCACCUUUGCGCAAAUAGUAUGUCAGGUAAAAGAACAAAAAAGAAAUAAUGCUAAACCAGGUCUCAGGGCAAUGCAUGCAGUUUGCCCUGCAAUGCUGGCACCAUUGACUUGAAACUGAUGAGUAUUUCUUUGUGGCCAUUAAUAGCAGGUUGUAUGCAGCUGCCCACAGCCACUGCUGCUAGUGCAAGGCUUUGUAAUGUAGGCAAAGCUGAUGAAUUCCACUCACUGGAGGAAAAUAGAACAACCAUCAACUUUUAAUGAAAAAUAAACACGUUUUUGAAGGGUUUACACAUAGAAGUAAUGUAUAGACUUUUUAAGUUGAUUACCGUCCCAAAGCAUAAACAAUGUGGAUGUACAUAAAUGAGGACAGCUAGAUGUAAGCAUAUUUAUUAAAUCAAUGGUUUGAAUGGA